CAUGUCACUCAGCACCUCCAUCCACUCUCUAGCCAGCGAGCUAGCGAUCCAUCUCCCUUGCAGCUCCUGCAGAGUUCGAUCUAGCUUUACAUAGCUAAUCGAUCGCGGAGUUGAAGUGUGGCCAGCAGGAAGCUAGCUAGCUGCACAAUGGGAAUGGAUGCUCGCCGCCUCCGGUGCGCCUCGCCUGCAUGCCUCCUCCUGGCCUUCCUCCUGGCCAUGCCGGGCCUCACCGCCGGCCUCACCCGCCGCUACACCUUCAACGUGACCAUGGCGACGGUGACGCGGCUGUGCACGACCAAGAGCAUCCCGACGGUGAACGGGCGGUUCCCGGGGCCGAGGAUCACGGUGCGGGAGGGCGACCGGCUCGUCGUCAACGUCCACAACAACAUCAACAACAACGUCACCUUCCACUGGCACGGCGUGCGGCAGCUGCGCAGCGCCUGGGCGGACGGCCCGGCCUACAUCACGCAGUGCCCCAUGCGCCCCGGCCAGAGCUACGUCUACAACUUCCGCAUCGUCGGCCAGCGCGGCACCCUCUGGUGGCACGCCCACUUCUCCUGGCUCCGCGCCACCCUCCACGGCCCCCUCGUCAUCCUCCCGCCCCGCGGCGUCCCCUACCCCUUCCCCAAGCCCUACCGUGAAGUCCCCCUCAUGCUCGGUGAGUGGUUCAACGCCGACCCGGAGGCGGUGAUCAAGCAGGCGCUGCAGACCGGCGGGGGGCCCAACGUGUCCGACGCCUACACCUUCAACGGCUUCCCUGGCCCGACGUACAACUGCUCGGGCGGCGCCAACAGCACGUUCAAGCUCAAGGUGAAGCCCGGGAGGACGUACAUGCUGCGGCUCAUCAACGCGGCGCUCAACGACGAGCUCUUCUUCGCGGUGGCCAACCACACGCUCACCGUCGUGCAGGCGGACGCCAGCUACGUCAAGCCGUUCGCCGCCAACACGCUCGUCAUCUCGCCGGGGCAGACCAUGGACGUGCUCCUCACCGCGGCCACCAACCCGUCCUCCACGGCCUUCGCCAUCGCCGUCGCGCCCUACACCAACACGGUGGGCACCUUCGACAACACCACCGCCACCGCCGUCCUCGAGUACGCCCCGCAGCGGCCCGCCGCGCUCCGGGGCCUCCCGGCGCCGCCGCUCCCGCGGUACAACGACACGGGCGCGGUGACCAACUUCUCGUCCAACUUCCGGAGCCUGGCGAGCGCGCGGUACCCGGCGCGGGUGCCGCUGAGCGUGGACCGGAGCUUCUUCUUCGCCGUGGGGCUGGGCGCCGACCCGUGCCAGAGCCCGGUGAACGGGACGUGCCAGGGGCCCAACAACACCCGGUUCGCGGCGAGCAUCAACAACGUGUCGUUCGUGAUGCCCAAGACGUCGCUCCUGCAGGCGCACUACAGGCGCCGGUACUACGGCGUGCUCGCGGCCAACUUCCCCGCGGCGCCGCUGCGCAAGUUCAACUACACCGGCACGCCGCCCAACAACACGUUCGUGACCCACGGCACCCGGGUGGUGCCGCUCGCCUUCAACACCUCCGUGGAGGUGGUGCUGCAGGACACCAGCAUCCAGGGCGCCGAGAGCCACCCGCUGCACCUGCACGGCUACGACUUCCACGUCGUCGGGACCGGGUUCGGCAACUACGACGCCGCCAACGACACCGCCAGGUACAACCUCGUCGACCCGGUGCAGCGGAACACCAUCAGCGUGCCCACCGCCGGCUGGGUCGCCAUCCGCUUCGUCGCCAACAACCCCGGUGUUUGGAUCAUGCACUGCCACCUGGACGUGCACCUGAGCUGGGGCCUAUCCAUGGCGUGGCUUGUCAACGACGGGCCGCUGCCGAACCAGAAGCUGCCGCCUCCGCCCUCCGAUAUCCCCACGUGCUAGUAGCCUACGGCUCAGAUCCUUGGCGAUUUUGGUCCAUGCGCGCGAGGCACGUUCGCACGCGUGCACGCAUACAUGCUCAAUUUGGUGGUGGUCGAGGAAUUCAGCUCGAUUGGUUUGGCCUGACUGGAUGAAUGAAUGAAUGGUGUGCCCGUUUUUGUGAUGUUUGGUUUUCUCUUGGAAAGAAAAAAAGAAAGAUUGGUGUAACUGUAAACUUGUAAGCAAGUUCCAUGGAUGGCGUCGUGUAAUUCAUGUUUUUUGAAAGGGAAUGCUGUUAUUCUUUC